AUGAAAGACAAGGUCAUACAAUUUAAUAUGUACUCAUUUUAGAAUGAAUGUUCUCAUUUUUUUUAUUUCUUUCCUAAUUUUAUUUUGAUGAAUAAGAUAUCUAUGAAUAAGGAUGGUCCAGGUUGUAUCACAAUAGGAAUAUUAAAUGUAUUUACAUCUUUUGCUUAUUUCACAAAUAUCAACCUUUAUUCUUUAGAAUAAUUAGGGAUUUUAAGCUCUAAAUUCAUUAACAACUAUAAAUUAAGACAUUUGGCUAUUGUGUCAGGUUCUAGCUUUCUUGCACUUUUGGCUUACUUAUCAAAUGCUAUAGGAUUUAACAAAAAUGGAACGUGUUCAUUAUUACCGGGAAUGUAUUUACAGUAUUCUUGCUAAUUCUUAUUUCAGUUACAUUUAUUACAAUUAUUUGGACUUGUAUUGGUUAUAUUUCUAAGUAAAUUAAAUAUAUAAAAAAAUAAGAAUAACAUUAUUUUUAAUAAUUUUAACAAUUAAAAAUAUAAUAGAAAUAUUUAUAGAGAAUACAUAAAUUCAUAGAUUAAGAGAAGUUUUGGGAAAAGAUUUGACUUCUCGCAUUUAAGAUAAAAGUAUAAAGUGAAUUUAAUCUGUAUAAUAACUUUUCUAAUUAUUAGAAUAGUACCAGUAUAAAUUAAAUAUAUAUUUUUUAUUAGAUGCUGAUUUUGACUAUUAUAUCAUUGGCUGAUACUAAUAAAAAAUCAUACACAAUUGCUUUUUAUUCUUUAGCUAUACCAAUGUCAUUGGGAGGAGUGUGUUUAAGUUUAAUAAGAUAUAUUAAGAACCAACAAUUCAAGAUUAUUUAAACAAGAAAUUGUAAAAAUAAAAAUCUGGAAUUGCAGAACUUUCUUUACCUAAAGUAGAAGUUAGAGCAUUGAGCUCUAUGACAAACAUAACGAGAGAAUCUUCAAUAGUAAAAACACAUUAUCUUUCUUAUAUUCAAGGAACUACAAGAGAUAAUAGUGUAGCUUAAAGAAAAACAUGUUUAGAUAAUGAAGAAUUGUAUAAAUUAUAACUAUAAUUAUAAUUAGAGUUGCAAAGUUAACAUCUGAACUAGAAAAUAAUUAGAUUAAGUUAAAAUUAAAUGAAUUCCUUGUCAUAUUCAAAAUAAUUCGAGAAAUGAACAACGAUUUUAUUAUAACAAGAAUAACUACAAAUUUAACACAUUAUCAUAUGAAACAUAUGAGGUAGAGCAUUUUAUAUUUCGAUAAUGAUACUUCAUUCAAUGCUUCUGAAAUCAUUUGUACAAGCUAUGCUGAAUCUGUUUUCUUUUAUAAAUUUUAUCAAUUAAUAAUUUUAUUACAUCAUUUGAUUAGUAAUUAAAUUAAAAUAUUGUUGAACAAUUAUAACAUUCAAGAUUGAAAUUAUAAACAAAUAGUUUCACUACAUAUGAUGGAGAAGUACUUAUCUACAUUAUUAACAAUUAAGCUAAAAGAUAUUUAAUAAGACACUUAUUAUAAGCUAUAUAUAAUUCAAAUAUAUUAACUUAAUAAUCAUUUAUUCCACCGAUGUUAGGACUCUAUUCAAUUGUGAAUUAGAGUAAUCAAUAUACAAUCAUUAUAUAGAAAAAUUUAUUGAAUUCUAUCAUGUUAGAAUAAUAAGGUUUUUCAAUCUAAGGUUUUUUUACAUAUCAAGUUGGUCAAAUUGAUGAAGAAAUCAAAGGAGGUUAAGAUAUUUCAAGUAAAAUGAAGAUGAAUCCAAAAAUUAAAUAGGAAUUCCUCAAUACAUUAAAUCAAGAUCUUAUAAUUUUAAGAGAUUAAUAUUUAUGGGCUUUUUCAUUUAAUUUAAUUCAUAUGGAAGCUGAAAAUCCAAUUAACAUAUUACCAAAUAUGAAUAAGACUCGUAAUGGAUAUUUGAUUGCUAGUUUAGGAGGAAUUUUAGAUUAAUUUUUGAUCUCUUCUAAUGAAGCAUCAGCCAAUCCAAAACUUUAUGCAUCCUAAUUAGCUUAACAAAUUGAUUUAUUAUUAUGA